UUUCUGACCUGUAGCAUGCAUGCAUUAUUUUUUUUUAUUUCUACUCGACAGUAUACAAGAUCCAUGUAUUACCAAUACAUCUGCACUAUUCAAUAGGUUGAUAAACAAACACUGAGUGUGUGGUAGCUGUUUGGCUCAAAUGCCGGUCCUAUACUGUACAUAGAACUAUAUUAGUUCUGGGACGCUCCUCCGCUUGUGGUGACAAUCUUAACGAUGCAUGAUGUGGCACGCUCUCACGUUCCUGCGCUGUCCGAGCCUGAGGCCUGAGGAAUUCAAAUCUCUCUGUAAAACCAUUUCAGUGAAGUUUCCGCUGUCUGUGUAUAAAAGAGCAAAGUAAUCACUGUUAUUUUAAUAACAAAAACCGUCAUCCAGCCCUCUCCUUCGAAGUACAACAAUGAAGUUCAUCUCACUCACCAUGAUGAUUAUAUCUGCCAUAAUGCCAGUACUUGGCGCAGUUACAGUAGCAAAAGUAACCCCCGACGGCAUGCCAUGCGACAAGCCAGGACAGUACGAGUGCGGACUCCUCGCGGGUUAUAACAACGGCAAUGCGUUUCUGUACGAGUGCGAGGACGACUUCAAGAUUCACGAUUUAAUUGAUGAUUGCUCCUGUCCGACUUGCUGUAGCGUCACGAACGGAGGUCUUGUGUUGUACAAAAUUCAGUACUAUAUGGUCAACUAUGUUGUUCGAGCUAACGGGUCUUAA